CUUUCUUGAUUAUCUCGGGAAACAGAGUCGAUUUGGAGGAUUAGGUUGACUAGUCUUUUUUUUACAUGUCCUUAGUGCAACAACUACGACUGUUAAUACUUAAUCAAGACUUGUCGAGUGGAUUUGCUGGUAGUAGAGCCGAAUCUAGGAUUGAAAUUUCAGUAUUUCGAGCACUCUGGAAUAGAAUAACUUCAUUACCAAGAUCAGAAAAGCACAAAUUGAUUUUAUCGAUCAGUUUAACGUUAUCGAUUGCUUAUUAUAUAUUGGCACCUUCUAUUCCGUUUCUAGCAUCGUCAAACCAGGAUAAAAUGUUUUCCAGAAGACCAGAUAAACAUACUACUGGGCUUAUUAAUAUGAGAAAUGACUGUUUUGCUAACUCAUCAAUACAAGCAUACUCAGCAUUACCGGGGUUAACCGAUUAUUUGAAUAAAUUUAUUGGAUCCUUUCAUGAAUUGGUUAAAUACAUCCAACAGAAUGAGAUUAAUCUUGAAGAAGUGACUGCAUCAACUAAAGGAAUUCAUAAUAUUGCUAAUUCAAAAUUCAAAAGUAAUAAGAUUGAUUAUAAAUUUGAUAUCCCGCUUCAUGUUGCUCUCGCUAAUAUUGUGAAGAAACUCCAGGAUACCCAAAUGACUUCGAGAACUAUUUCAGUAUGGACUUUUUUACAUUCUUUGGAAAAAAUUUUUAAUGCUAAGAUUUCAAAAUCCCAACAUGAUGCCCAAGAAUUGACUCAAUUGAUCAAUGAAACUUUAGAAAAUGAAAAUAUCAAUGCCAAUAAGAUUUUUAAGAAAUUAAGAGUAUUCCAAAACCCUUCACCAAAUCAAAUUCAUCAAUUAGAUUUGAUCGACAUUCCAGAGUUCCCGUUCAGUGGAUUACUCUUAUCCCAAAUGAAAUGUCUUAAAUGCUCCCAUGUUUCAAAACCAAAUUUUUCUCCUUUCUUAAUGAUGACUUUACAUGCUCCGGAAAAACUAUCAACCGAUUUGGAAACUAUUAUCAAUGAUAAUGAGUCGGAGUCAAUCGAAGGUUAUCAAUGUAUGAAAUGUCGUAUUAAUAGUAUUGUAAUCCACGAAUCAAACUUGAAAUUGAAUUACGAUGAUGAUCAAGAGCAAUUGAAAAUCAUCAACCAAUUAAUCGAUUAUAAUAAUGAUGAUAAAUUAUGCAUUAAUGAAGAUUUGGAUUCUUCUUUAGAAGAUUAUAUCAAAUCUUAUAAUAAAAAGGGUUUGGAUAUGUCGAGUAUCACGUCAACAGUUUUCAGGAAAACUCAAGUUUUAAAACCUCCAAAGGUUUUCGGUUUACACCUCUCAAGAUCAAGCUUUAACGGUAUUGAUAUCACCAGAAACUCUUGUCGUGUUUCUUUUAAAGAUCAUUUAACUUUAUCCAUUGGUAAAGAAUUCCAUGAUGAAUUAAAACAAUUCCAAGCUGCCGCCACUCAAGAUGAUGACUUGAGUGAACAUAAUAUCCAUUCAAACAUCUUGACCAAUGACGAAAAUGAUAUGGAGGAUGAAAGUAUUCAAAGAGAAGAUUUCGAUGAAAAGGGCAAUGAAGAUGAAGACGAUGAUGAUGACGAUGAUGAUGAUGAUGAUGAUGAUCCUACCGAUGAUAAUACUACUGAAGGUACUAGUACUGAUGAUGUGGAUGACGAUGACGACGACGAGGAUGAUGACGAUGAUGCUUCCUUAACAUCAAAGGAGUCAGUACAGCCUUCUGUAAAUACUGUCGGAACUUUGAACGAUAGCACUAAUCAGCCAAACACAACAAAAUCGUCUCACAACAAUUCCAAAAAUUUAUCCGAAUUAUCUUCAAAUUCAACCACCCUCAAAGCUCCAGAAACUUUAAAUAAUGCCCCAAUCACAGAAGAUCAAACUGUUCAUUUGAAACGCCAUUUUAAAAACUUUAAGUUCAAUGAAAAUGACAUUUACAAGUAUAGACUAAAAGCAGUUAUCAUACAUCAAGGUUCUCAUACUCAAGGCCACUAUGAAUGUUAUAGACGUAAACCUUUAUACGUAAAAGAUAAAGAUGGUACUAUUUUCAAAUUAUCUCCAGAAAUUUCGGAAGAAAGUCUACAUGAUGUUACAUUUGCUGUUUCUCAAGUUCAUGAAUCCAAUGUUCCUCAAGAUGAAAAACCAUUAGAAAUAAAUUCUGACUCAACUAAUGAAGGUAAAAGAGAUUCUAAUGAUACAGUUGAUUCAAAUAAAACUGAAUCUAAGCAAGAUGAAAAACCCGCUAAUGUCCCUCAACGUGCACCUAGCAGAAGAAGAAAAUUAACCUUGUCCUUAACAGGCUCUUCCAAUAAUUCUGUUGAUACCACUCAAAAUAAUCCCGAUACCAGUAAUAGUCUGACCAGCGUAAACAAUUCAAAUACUAAUGGCUCAGCUCCUUCUCUCCUUCCUCAAACUGAAGAAUUCCCGGGUCAUGGUAAUUUCCGUCGUAAAUUUACAAACAUGAUGGGCCGUCGUCCGUCUGUUGUUCAAGCUGAUCCAGAACAUGCUAAUAUACAAGAAAUCAUUCAUUCUGGCUUGACUACUCCAGCAGAAUUAUUGGUUGAUGAUCCUGAAGGGGGUUAUUUUUCAAAUAACAAUCUUGAAAACUCAUUCAGUCAAAUGAAGAUUGAUGAAGAAGCUCAGAAAAAGGCUUCGCAAAGAUUUGAACAGUCAAAUAAUUCAAAAAACAAGAUUAAAAUGAAAAAAAUUCAAAGUUUAAUCAAAUGUCCCUACUGGAGAAUAAGUGAUUCUCAUAUAACCGAAGUAUCUCGUGCUUCUGUCUUGUGUGAAACUGAAAGCGUAUAUAUGUUAUAUUAUGAAAGAGUUGAUAGAAAACAAGUAAGAGAAAAUUAAAAAAACACAUAUUUUCCUUCACCAAAUACCUACAUUUCCACUCGACUUAUGCCAAAUUAUAGAUACAGC